AUGCAGUUGAAGUGGGCCACGUUAUGGAGAGCGACUUCGAGUUUGAGGCACGCAGUAGGAAAGCUAAAUUGUGGUUUCUUAUUUCCAGGAAAUGGUGAAGACAUACAAGCAUUGAGAUAUGAAUAUGGACAGAAGUACAAGCCACACUAUGAUUACUUUGCUGAUAAGGUGAAUACUGCUCGUGGUGGGCACCGCUUGGCUACUGUGCUUAUGUAUCUCUCAGAUGUGGCAAAAAGUGGUGAAACUGUAUUUCCCUCAGCAGAGGACCCCCCACGUCACAGAGCACCCGUGAAAGUUGAGGAUUUAUCGGAAUGUGCUAGGAAGGGUAUUGCAGGGGACGCUCUUCUUUUCUUUAGCCUCCAUCCCAAUGCUACACCAGAUGAGAGCAGCCUCCAUAUGGGGUGCCCUGUGAUAGAAGGUGAGAAAUGGUCUGCAACAAAGUGGAUACGCAUUGAUUCUUUCGACAUGGCCCUGGGGGGUAACAGUGGUGGUUGCACCAAUGAGAACACAAGUUGUGAGAGGUAGGCCGCUCUCGGAGAGUGCACGAAAAACCCAAAGUAUAUAGUGGGAUGUGCAGAGGUUCUUGGUGACUGUAGGAGGAGCUGCAAGUGGGUACGCUUUUUGGAAGAUGGGUUUGUGAAUUACAUAAUUGGAGCAAAGCAACCUGACUAUCUGGUUACUGCUGAUGAUGUUGAUUCGUACCUUGCCAUUGAAGUACAGCCCCUUGAUGACAGGAACCGGAAGGUCCAGUGGAGCUUGCUGCCUUAGGAGUUUCCAUUGCUGUAUUUAAUCAAGUAUCAAGGGUUUCUAUCUUCCCACUUGUUAGUGCUACAACAUCAUUUGUUGCAGAGGAAGAUGUUGCGUGUAAGAUGAUGAGCACUGAAGAACGAGGA